AUGGCCCCAGAUCCUCAAGACUGCAACACAUCAGGCAAGGUGAUCUCUGUUGAAUCACCAAGAUGCCAUUCGCCACCACGUCCGUCCUUCGUCUCCAGAGCCAAGUCUCAUAUGCUUGAAGAUGUUCGUCCUUCGCUAUUUGCCGAAAUAGAACUCCUCAUUCUCACCUUUUGCACCGGCAUCCAAGACGCCGUCUCCUUCCCCGACUACCAUUGCUUCGCGUCGAACCAAACCGGCAACACCAUCUUCCUCAUGCUCGCCAUCGUGCUGCCCCAGUCCAACGACAACAUGUUCAUAACCGCCUACAUCGGCGCCGCCCUCGGCGCCUUCCUCGCGGCCGGCUGGCUAACGGGCCAACUGAGCCAUAUCAUUGGGCGACGGCGCCGAUUCUGGCUGUUUCUCUGCAACGCCUUCCAAACGUGUCUCGUCUUCGCUGCCGCCGCUGUACAGUAUCGAUAUGGUACUCAGCUAGAGGGCCCUUCCGCUCUUGUGGUGCUCGCUUUACUGGCGUUUGCAUCGGGUAGUCAGGUGGUACAGUCUCGAUCACUUGCUAUGACGGAGAUUAGCACAGCGAUGGCGACGGCGGCUUGGGUGGAUCUUGUCAUCGACCCGAAUAUGUUUACGCUCAAGAACCGGCCACGGAAUAGACGAGUUAGCUUCCUCCUCGCCCUUGUGCUUGGCUGUCUUCUCGGGGCUGCAAUAUACAGGACUGCUGGGUCUGCGGUCGCCAUCUUCGUUUCUGCAGGGGGAAAGCUCUUAGUCACCGUGAUGUAUCUUUUCAAUGGUGCGGAAAAGCCAAAGGAAGAUCACGUUGAAAAAGGCCGUGAUCCGAGCUGUUAG